AUAAAACAGUUCGUUUUAUAUAAUUGGAACAUUAAAGAGAAUGUUCUAUAUAUCUUAGAUCGGUUAAAAUUAUGACGGAAUUUUCUAAUUAUUUUUAAUAUUUUGCUUGAGCGUUUUAAUCCAAGAUAUUAGCAAUGGGAGCAUGUGUUGUUGUGUUGAAACGGCUAACAAAAUUAAGAAAAGCGACUAGAAGAUAUCUUAGUGUUAAUAGUAUUAUGACGGGAAAGAAAAGUAUUUACUUUGCAUAUGGAAGCAAUUUGCUGGAAAGGCGAAUGCACCGAUCCAAUCCUAAUGCAGUUCGAUGUGGAAAAGGUGUAUUGAAGGAUUAUCGAUUCGAUAUGGGUACCUAUUGCAAAUUUUGGAGAGGCUGCGGUGCAAACAUAACCGAAUCGUCCGGAGAAAAGGUGUGGGGAGCACUGUGGGAAUUAAAAGAUGAAGAUUUUGUUAAUUUAGACAGGCAAGAAUACGUGCAUUUAAAUGUUUACAAACGAAUAUUGGUUGAAAUUGAAACCCCAGACGGCCAGAAACUUAACUGUAUAGCAUACCAGAUGGUGAAUAAUUUUGAAAAAGUGGAUUUGGCCAAUUUACCAUUUGAACGACGACCCAGUCCAGCAUAUAUGGAUGUAAUAAUUAAAGGAUCUCAAGAGACAGGUCUGCCAAUAGAUUAUACGAACUUUUUAAGAACUGUUUGUACGAAUGGCAUCGAUUACGCACCAAAUUUGGAUCCAGAAUAAUAUAUAUAUUUAUUAGUCUACAAUUUAAAGUUAUUGUAUAAAAUAAAAAUAUAUUUUUGUUAAUAUA